UUGUUUGUGAGAAAAAUUAGAGAAAUUCCAUUGCUCAGUUUGAGAGAAGUGAACCUAACGAAUUUAUGCUUAGGCUACGCAGCAAGUUGCAUAUUUGGCAAGUUGUCUACAGCGGUGGCUAUUCUUCCAAUCUUUGUCACACCUAUGCUAGCGUUUGGAGGUUACUUCAUUAACCAAGCGAGUCUUCCCUGGUUCUUCUAUCCGUUCAAAUAUCUCUCGUAUUUUGGUUAUGCCUUCGAAAGUUUGGUGGUGAACGAGUGGACUCACGUCGAUUCAAUUUCCGGCUGUAAACCAAAUGGCACAGGCUGUUACAAUAACGGCACGGACGUGAUUGCAAGGCUUAGCUUUUCCCCUAAUAAGAUGUGGAUCAAUGUCAUUAUAGUUGCAGCGAUGAUUAUCGCCAUUCGUACUUUAGCGUUCGUGGGCUUAUUUACAAGAGCCAAACUUAAGAAAUGAUU